AUGCAAGAGGUCUUGGUUCUGCUUGUCCUGAUAGAGGAGGGUUUCGCACUGGCACAGAAAACUCAAGCAUUGCCUCAGAAUGUGGCUGUUGGGGAUAAGAAACCGGCUCAUUGUGGAACUUUGAUCCAGACGGCUAAUGGAGGAUCAUUCAGUUCUCCAGAUUACCCCAACACCUACCCACCAAACAAGGAGUGUGUGUACAUACUGGAGGCCCACCCACGGAAGAGAAUCAAGCUUGACUUCGAUGACAACUACUACAUCGAGCCUUCCUUUGAGUGUCGGUUUGACAACAUUGAAAUUCGCGACGGGCCAUUUGUUUUCUCUCCGUUGAUUAAUCGUUUCUGUGGGGCACAGUGUCCAGGUGUGGUCACCUCCUCUGGACGGUUCAUGUGGAUCAGGUUUAUCAGUGAUGAGGAGUUGGAAGGACAGGGAUUCAGGGUGGAGUACUCAUUUACUGCAGACCCUGAUUUUCAUCUCCAUGUCGGAGGGCUUUUAAAUCCUAUUCCAGACUGUCAGUUUGAAAUGUCUGGAUCAGAUGGUAUAAUCAGAUCCAGUCAAGUUGAGGAGGAAAACAAAGUGAAAUCAGGGGAAGCAGUGGAUUGUAUAUGGACCAUACGAGCUCCACCAAUGUCAAAGAUCUAUCUACGCUUUCUGGACUAUCAGUUGGAGCACUCAAAUGAGUGUAAAAAAAACUUUGUCGCGAUCUACGAAGGCAGCAAUGCCAUUGAAGACCUGAAGGCCAAGUUCUGCAGCACUGUUGCCAAUGACAUCACGCUUGACAACGCUGUGGGCGUGGUUCGAAUGUGGGCCGACGAGACCAGCAGACUGAGUCGGUUCCGUAUUCUCUUCACAGUGUUUUCUGAACCUCCAUGUUCGGCCAAUGCAUUUUUCUGUCACAGCAACAUGUGUAUCAACAACACUCUGGUCUGUAAUGGCAUUCAGAACUGUGUGUACCCCUGGGACGAGAACAACUGCAAAGAAAAGAAGUCUAAAGGUUUUUUCCUGCAAAUGAGCAAAACCCAUGUCACUGUCAUUGGAGUGGCCUCUGGUGUGGUCUUUCUCCUCCUAAUCAUAUCUGUAUUUAUACAGAUGAAGCAGCCGAGAAAGAAGGUUUUGAAUCGUAAGGGUUUGUUCAGCAUGACAGAGAUGCAAGAGGUGCUGGAGCCGCCUCAGUACGAGCUGUUCUCCUUGCGUGAUGCCGAGCUGCCAGAGGAGCUGACGGAGGAGCUGGAGAGUCUGAAGAAUCUCCGGCGAUCUUCCAGCACAUCCCGCUGCAUCCACGAGCAUCACUGUGGCAUGCAGGGCAACGUCGCCUCCAGAGCGCAUCAUCUCUCACUGGCAUCUGAGGAGCUGAGCGGGGCUAGAGGCUGGGGCAGUUUACAUGGACGCAGGAGCAGCUCACGCGCUACCUCUUUCACGCACGGUCCGCAUAUGCAUGCUUACAGCGCACAGAGCUUACAUGAGGCGCUAGAGGAUGGGGAGGUGAGUUUGGAGAGCCGAAUGAUGGAGGAGAUUGGGUACAAUGAUAGUUACGCCCGUGGAGGUCGUGCCAUUAUGGUGCGUAACCAUUCAAACCUUGUUCAGCAGCGUUCCCUCUCCAUGGACUUAUGA